UAAAUAAAUCAUCUUUAAAACAAGUUUCAUUUGAACACCCCCUCCACCCUCCGUAUAUAUAUCUCUGCAGUUUCUUUUAUACUUGAAAGAUGCCGCAGGGAACGCUUGAAGUUGUUCUUGUCAGCGCAAUCGGCUUGGAGAACACUGACUUUUUAGCUAACAUGGAUCCUUAUGUUAUUCUCACCUGCCAAAGUCAGGAGAAGAAGAGCAAAGUUGCAUCAGGACAAGGAUCUUCCCCUAAGUGGAAUGAGACGUUCUUGUUCACCGUCUCCAGUGGUGCAAAGGAGCUAAAUAUCAGAAUACUGGAUAAAGAUGAUUUUACUGCUGAUGAUGUUGUUGGAGAAGCAAAUAUUCCUCUAGCGCCCGUUUUUGAUCAAGAAGAUGUUCCGCCAACUACAUACAAUGUUGUCAAGGAUGAUCAAUACUGUGGAGGGAUUAGAAUUGGCCUCAAGUUCACUCACCAGGGAGCCAGAGAUAGGGGAUUUCCCGAGGAGGAGCUCGGUGGAUGGAGAUCGUCAUCGAGGGACUGACGUUAUUCGAUUAAGAGAAAAGUUUCUUGUUCUGCAUCUUAGAUUGGAGCAAACACUACUCAUUGCUCCAACUGCUGUGUUUAGAAUGUUUAUCAAAACUAAGAACAUGUAGUACUUCCAGAUUUAUUUGUGACAGAUUUAGAGAUUCAGGCAAUAAAGUUGUAAUGUAGCAUGAUCAAUUAUUCAGAAAUUGCUGUCUCAACA